AUGCUGCUAUGGGGUUUGUCUCGGGCCAGCAGUCUACUGGCGCGGUGGGUUAACCACAAUAGUUACCUUGAGAAAAUAACUGCUGGCCCAGCAAUCCUGGAUCCCCCUUGGGGCAAAGCAGGCAGGCAGCAGGUAUCCCUGCAUGGGUUGAUUAAGGACUGCUGGAGACUUGGUGGUCACAGUAGCGGGGGCGCAGGUGUCGCUCCUCAAUUGGCUUUACCAGCGAUGGCAGUUGGGAAAAGUGGUUGUGGAGCAGAAAUAUGGUCCAAAGACGCAAAGCUUCGAACUUACAAACUCUGCUACUAUGCAGCCAUGUCUUUGAUUAGGGAAGAAAAAUGA